CAGUAUGUGGCGGUUGUGGUGGGCUCGUGUAGCAAAACGUGACCCACUGGAGUGAAAUAAGGUGUUCUAACCCCUUUAUCUUGAUUUUUUUUAGUGGAGCCGAGUUCUAUUACCUCAUAGUGGCGAUAUAUAUAAAAGCGGUGUUUUUUUUUUAAUUACAGUAGCGGUGUCGUCCUGCUCUCUCCAUAUAUUCAACAAGUGGUGUAGUGAGGGAUCUGCCACCACACUCGGCGGAGAUGUGUCAAAAUGAGAAGUAUGAGGAAGAAGUGUGAUGUGAGUUAGUGAGUGUGUGAGGUGAGUGACGCCCCCCUGGCUGGGUGGAUGCGAGGCUCAGCCAGGUACAGCCCAGAGGAACCCACGAGACCCUAUGGUGGCAGGUCCGGGGCGGGGUCCUACAGGAGCGUCAGGAUGCGCACGGACUGGGGCAUCUACGAGGACCCCGGCCACCUGCGGGGGGGAGGCAUCUACAGUGUGAGUGAUGUAGCUGGGGUGGGGGUCUACCACGACGGCGCUGACGACGACGACUUAGUGGACGACCAUAGGGGGGACGAGAAGGUGUAUGGCUUCAGCCCCCCCACAGGCUCGCGGCUUUCCUCCACCGGUAAGUGGUCGAGCACACACAGUCUAGCGCCAGCGUCCUCACCCGGCAGGAGUGUACACAGUAUUAGUGGCGGUGCUUCAGGGGGUCACCGAGCGUCCCUGGGGGAGAGCCACAGGCCCACUCACGCUAACUCUUACGUCAGGGACUCACUCAAACGACACGACUACUCUCGCCAGCACCAUCAGUCCCGUAGCACUAACGCCGUCGAGGCCCUCUACAGGAGUGUUGACAAGCGUAGUGGAGACCGCGUCGCUAACGGCGGCAGCAGCACCAGUGGCAGCAGGUCCCAACAGCCGCAGCAGGGACGUAGCUACUCUGCUGGUAGCAGGAGCGAGUACAGCACACCUGCUGCCGGCUACAGGAGCCUAAGGAGCUAUCCGACAACUGCCGACGACUAUGAUGACAGGGAGCCCCGAAGCUUAGACAACUCGGCCCUGAGCGACGGUUACAACGCCAGGGCGACAGAGUACGCCUCCUCCCGGGCACACAACAGCAUCAAGCGCUCCAACAACAAGGAGUACUUUACCCCUUCUGAGAUCUACAGCAACCGACGUUCCUACCCUUCCGACACCCACCCCACCAGAACCUCCGUCACCAAGGGCAUCCUCACUAACUCCAACAAGUACAGUGGAGGCAGCAGGAGUAGCAUCUCCAUUUACAAUACUGAGAGUCGUAACAACCUCUCAGGGUAUAGUGUUCACAACGACGAGGGCAAGAACAACCUCUCGGUUCCAGACACGUACGAGAAAAGAGGUAUUUCCUCGUACUCGUCCAGACAGUCUGUGAACACCUCCACCAAAGGCAGCCAGACUGAGGUCUCUAUAUCUAGUGACCUCCAGUACGCCAGCGAAGGCCGCACUGGCAGUAGAUCCAACACCCUUCAAGUCCCUGAAGGUAUCAGCAGUGGCAGCAGCAGGCGCAGUAGUAGCAGCACUCAGCAGGUGACCUUCAGGACCGUUGCUAGCGGAGGGGGGUCAGACAGCAGCCAACAGAACGGAAAGGAGGACCGCUAUGACACUCUAGGCCGCAGGGAAGCCGGAACCCUCAGGAAGGACCGCAAGAAGAACACCAAAGACGAGCAGAACCAGACGGAGGACGACAUGAGUCAGUGGGGAGGACGGAACGGUGGCGGAAGCGCCCAGUGGGUCGGUCAGGGUCACGACCAUGGCGACCCCGGGUACGCCCACGAGUCUGCCCUUCACCCACAACACAACCACUCCCGUGCCCUGCCCCUCCCUCGACCACCCUUACCCCCCCAACACUACCCGGGGCACGACAGUCAACCUCAGGGAGGGCAUCACCCAUCACCUCCACCCGACCAUGCCCACUACACCCAGCAGCAACACAACCACGCCUACCACAACCACGGCCACAACCACGUCCACCACACGCAGCACUCCAGGCACCAGUCCGCCGGAAGCGGCCAACCACUCGUGAAAGCAGAUUCUGCUGAUGGUCGAAAGUGCCGGGACUGCAUGACGCGGGUGCCGUAUGCAACGCUCAUCGCCACUGUGAUGUGCUGUGUGGGCGUGGGUGUCUUCUGUGGCACCAUGUACAGAGGCACCACGCUCACACUUCGACUCUUUGAGGAUGUGUUCAAGCUGCACAUCAAAUGGGUGGAACCUGUUCAGCUAACAUUCAUGGUGGUAGGGGCAGGCAUGGGUGGCCUAGGACUCAUGAUCCUGUUUGUUGGCUGCCUCUCUACUGGGGACACCAGGAACAAGGUCUACAGGACAUGGCGAGGACGAGUUGGUGGCAGGAUCUCUUGUGCAAUUUUUAUGGGCAUCACAUACCUGCUGUCACUGGCAUGGUUGCUGAUGUUUGCUGCAUUAAUCAUUGUGACACUCUUCUACACUCUUGCGUGGUUCCAGUGUCUCUAUAUCCUUCCGAAUGAGUGUAUUGACUACAAUCAGUUUAGUUUUCUCUUCCCUGAGGGAACACCGGAAGAGGACAAGAGAGUGUGUACUGGUGAAAGGAAACUAUUCUGCAAGGACUAUGUCAAUAAUGCUGAAAUAAUGUUCAUAUUAGCAUCAGUAUCAGCAUUCUUGGUUAUUCUGUCUUUAGUACACUAUUUGAUGUGCCUGGCAGCAAAUUAUGCUCACAUAAAGGAUCAGGAGAAAUUCAUGGACCUUCAAGAAAUUCAGUUUCUUCAUGAGUCUGAAAUGUCAACACUUCCCAAAGACCGCUUCUAGGAUACUGCCCAAGGGAUUUUUUGGCGCAACAACCAGCAUAGUCGAUAUUUUCAGACAGUUGCCUGAUUUUAGAAUGCAAAUUUUGAAUCUAUGAGGGUUCAGUCAUGAAUAAAAUUUUGUAGUAUUCAGUUAUUUAGAUGGAAAUCUAUAGUUCCAUUAUUAUCACCGAACCUUGUUUUUGUUUGUUGAAUUCUUAAUAGAAAUAAGAAUUUAGGUGUAUUAUUCAAGAACACUCUAGAGACAUAAAUUUGCAUUCUCAGCAGGCUGAAGAGUUUGAUGGCCUCAUUAAGAAAGCAGAAAAUAAUUAUAAGUUUUGAGUGCUCAAGAAUGAACCUUUUGCACGUCAAAUGCAUUGGUUGGUCAGAUAUUGAGUGCCUGUAUACUUCAUAAGCCUUUUCAUUAAUGAGGUUGAGUGUCUUCAACCACGAGGCAUCCUGGAAACUGUAACUGGCCUCCUUACUGUAAUAAUGAAGACUGGGGACCACUCAAAAUAUAGAGACCAUGUUAAUAUUUUUACUGCUCAAUAUCCAUCUAGUUACUGGGAAGUGCCAUUGUUUUCCUGGCCUCUGGUUGAAGACAGAUGGGUUAGGGACAGAAAGGUAGUUUGCUUUUAUUGUGCUUUUUGUUGUGUAGACUAACUUUCCACUGCAGUAUGUUCGAAGAUACCAUUGUGAUCUAGGUCUCAGACAUGUGCUAUAUUUAACAAGAAUGUGAACUACUGCAGUGAAGAGUGUUUUGUGCUGGGCAUGGCAACUGUCAAGUAUAAUUUAGUGGUUUCUUUGUAGACAUUACUUUGUAGACAUUAGUUUCCUUGGCUUUUUUUUUUAAAUACUCAAACCAGUUAUAAGUUAACAUAUUUUGUUAUGUUUUGUAUAAUAAUUUCUAAUAAUAUACUAAAAUCAAAUGACUAAGAACACAACACAUAUACAGUACUUCUUUAAAUAUGUUAGCACUGAACAGCUUCAUCAUUUUAUGUAUGGUAAGUCUGUCACUCCUUAGUUUUUUUUAACAAAUCUAAUACUGUAGUACUAACUUAUUUCUUCGUUCGCACUAACUUGUGUAGAUUAUUUUUCUCAACAACAAAGCUUUGAUAGCAGCCUACGCUUUCACUUAACUAACUACUACUAACCUUAAACUAACUAUUUUUGCGGAUUGAUCUCCCUGACCUUUCAAAGCCUCAUGUGUUUGCUUCAAAGGAUCCCUUGGGUAAAUUUUACACGUGGAUUACUCUACAUCUCUGGGUUUACUGUAGUCCACUGGAAAAAUUUACAAGUACCUGUAAUCAUUAAACUAAGGACUGACAAUCUCCAUUGAAUAUUAUGUAACAUUGUUAAACUUGUGAUUAACCAUUAUACUGUAAUGAUUACAUUUUACAUUGUUCACCACAUAUGUGUUUUGUACCUUUCUGAGAAGAGUUAAGUAUAAAUGAAGUUGAGGUGACUGAGGUACAAUUCCUCAGGGUGUAGAGUAUUAAUAUAGUUGAUUAUAACCUCCUGUGUAGUGUGCUAUUAGUAGGUUCUCCUGUAUCCCUCCCUAGCCUUAGCUACCAACAGCUCAACUGGUCACUUUGAAGCUGUUAUUAACAAGAAGCAACAUAUCAUCUUUUCUGUUAUAACAAGUAGUAACGCAUACUUGAAAUGUAUUAUUCAGUGAGUGUGGAAAACAUUGCUAUAUAUAUAUACACCUAAUCACCCUUGGCAAAAAUGAAACUUAUUUCUCCUCAAGCCCAUAAUGCAGGUCAGUUGGUCAUGUUAAGGGCAAUUAUUAACUCUACCUCUUCCAGCCAGUACAGUACUUUGUAUCUUUGCCUCUAUUUUCAAUUAACAAUUGUAUUCCACUCUUGCUGAAUUCUAAUAAACUUGCCUAGGAUAAUAAACCUCUUUAAGAUCUGUGUGGAAGGAGUAAUAUCUUUGGUUAACAUAUCUGCGUCAGCAUAGUUAGUUUGAUGCUGUUGUGUGCGUGACGUGUGAAAGUUCCUAUGUGGAAAAUUGUUGUAGCUUGAAAUAAUAUAUAUAUAUAAAUUUUGCUUAAUGCAGAGACAAAGACUUUAUGCUAAUUAUAUGUUCUAUGAAAUCCAUGAUACUGAGCAUACUUUUUCUUAUGUUUAUAUGAUAAUGAUCUGACUGAUUCAACAGUUAGUGUGUCCUUAUUUAGUGCAUGUCUUUCAACACUAAAGAUAUUUAAUUCUUUGGUCAUUGUGCAACAAUUGCACCUCUGCAGUCACAGUAAGCUGAUCCUUUUGUGUGUAUAUUUUGUAUGAAGAAUAUGCUAUCAGAACAUAUUCUCUUGUAAAAAACAAUAAAAUUUUAUACAUUAA